GUGUCUCACUGGGACUCUCAGCCUGCUCUCCCCUCCCGGCGGCCUCCUCAGUCUGGCUGACAAAACCAUCUACCGUUGAACACAUCAAGAAGCAGCACACCGGGAACCAUGGCCCAGCAACAACAGAUCAGCCUCCCGGCAAAACUGAUCAACGGAGGGGUGGCAGGCAUGGUGGGGGUCACCUGUGUGUUCCCCAUUGACCUGGCCAAGACCCGCCUGCAGAACCAGCGCAGCGGCCAGCAGCUCUACAGGAACAUGAUGGACUGCCUUAUCAAGACCGUCAGAUCUGAAGGCUACUUUGGCAUGUACAGAGGCGCCGCCGUCAAUCUCACCCUGGUAACACCCGAGAAGGCCAUCAAACUCGCCGCCAACGACUUCUUCCGCCACCAGCUGAGCAGAGACGGCCGGCUCACAGUGUUCAAGGAAAUGUUAGCCGGCUGCGGCGCAGGAAUGUGUCAGGUCAUCAUCACCACGCCCAUGGAGAUGCUGAAGAUCCAGCUGCAGGACGCCGGCCGGCUCGCGGCCCAGCAGAGGGUCAUACCCAGCAUGGUACCCGCGCUAAAGCUCGGGGCCCCCGCCGCUGUUCUUAGCCGCUCCUACUACGCAAACCCUGCACCUCAAGUCAUGCAAGUCUCAGCCACUCAGAUCACCAGAGAGCUGCUGAGGACCAAGGGAGUCACGGGCCUGUACAAAGGACUGGGGGCCACCCUGAUGAGGGACAUCCCGUUCUCGGUCGUGUAUUUCCCACUUUUCGCCCACCUGCACCAGCUUGGCCGGCGUUCACCGGAGGACCCCACCGUGCCCUUCUACUGGUCUUUCAUGUGCGGCUGCUUGGCGGGAUCCACUGCCGCCGUGGUCGUCAGCCCCUGCGAUGUUGUCAAGACGCGGCUACAGUCCCUUAAAAAAGGAGCUAAUGAAGAGACGUAUAAUGGAGUGAUAGACUGCAUCAGUAAAAUCCUGAGGAAGGAGGGACCCGGGGCCUUCCUGAAGGGGGCCAGCUGCAGGGCCCUGGUUAUCGCGCCGCUCUUUGGCAUCGCCCAGGUUGUCUACUUUGUGGGAGUGGGAGAGUUCCUGUUGGGAUACACGCCCUACAACAUCUACUCUGCCUAAACUGGCCACUUCCUCGUCCCGCCACCUUCCUCAUUAAAUUACAGACUGCUCUGACCUGAUUUACCCUGAGACGUUCUCAGAUUGUGUGAAUGCAAAGGGGACCAGAUGAAUGUCAU